UUUCUGUAAGAGAUUCUGGAAAUUCGCGUUAUAAUUGGCGCUUUCAAACCCUCCAGACGGUCUAGAGGGUUCUGAAUGGCAAGUGCAUCGUUUGGAAUUUGGAUAUUAUCGGUUUUCAGUUAUUUUAUCCAUUUCGGAGCAUCCCACAACAAAGACUAAAUUCUGAGCAUUCUGUGUCCAUGGCGGCCGUAUGUUUCCCCUCGGUUCUCUCCGUUGACCCUCAGAAAACGAAUCAAGCUCCGUCAUUUGGUCUCUCGUCUUCCUUUCCCAGAAACCCUUUGUUAUUUUCCUGCAAAUCUCACCGUUCCAAUCUCAAAGUCGCCUUUUUAUCUUCCUCGCAUCCUUCGCCUCCUUCUUCUCCAACUGCCACAGAAACCGAAAGCUACACGUUUCUCGAGGAUUCGUUUCGUACGGGGAGGUUUCUGAGCAACGAGGAGCUCGAGAAACUGAAAACGCUCGAGGGUUUUGCGUAUUUUCAGGAGCUGGAAUCCGGUUCGAUGUGGGUUCGUGUCAUGAGACCGGAGGAGAUGGACCCGACGGUGAAUCUUCUGGCGGAGUCCUUCUCCGAUUCGAUGCUGUUUCCUUCUGGAUACGAGUCUGUGUUGCGGUUCCUGGUGAAGCAGUAUCUGACUGAGAGGAGAGGCGUGAUGCCCCACGCAGUCACGCUUGUUGGGUUCUAUAGGAGGAAACCCGACGCUUGCGGCGAUGGAGACGGAGGAGGAGAGGCGGAGGAGCUGGCUGGGACCGUGGAGGUUUGUUUCGACAGAAGAGGAGCUAACGCUUCGCCUCCCUCACCGAUUCCUCCCAAGGAUUCACCUUACGUCUGCAACAUGACUGUGAAAAAGCCUCUUAGAAGGAGGGGAAUUGGUUGGCAUCUUUUGAAGGCGAGCGAGGAGCUGAUAUCUCAGAUGAGUUCUUCAAAAGAUGUCUACUUGCAUUGCAGGAUGAUCGACUUGGCUCCUUUCCAUAUGUACAGGAAAGCAGGAUACGAGGUUGUUAAGACAGAUAAUAUUUUGGUCCUCUUGACGUUACAGAGGCGUAAGCAUUUGAUGUGCAAGAAGCUUCCUCUGUGCAUGGACACCUCAGAAUCAGUACAAAUGGUGGCUGCUGAUAGUGAGCUGUCUUGAUCCAGCAUUUGUAUAAAAAUUGGGAUCGAAAACGUAACCUUAAACCUCUAUUUGAGCUUUUCAACUUGCUAAGUCCAUGGUGGAGCUGAUCUCUGUACAGGUUUCCAUUUUGCAUGAAUUCAUAUACUAGGAACCGGUGCUUUCCAUCUGCACAAUACCCUAUUAACGAGACCAGAUUCAGAUGAUCG